UUUUACACAUUUAAUUUCAUAUUGUAUUUCAUUCCUCCCUGAAAUCUCAACUUUGCAACUAAAAACAAAAUCUCUAUUCUGUGUUCUACUGCAACUGUUUGUUGAUGUUAUUCAUUAAUUUUGUUUUUCAGAUCUUGCCUCAGUUGCUUUAUUACUUUGGUGUAAAGGAUGAAGAUCAUUCUCUUGACUGGGCAACUAUCGUGGUGUACACAUGUGAAGCCUCUUGUGAAGGAAUUGACUACAGCUGCCUGUAUGGUUUGGAUUGGAUUCCCAAGUGGCUUCAUCUAGCAGGGAACCCAUUCUGCCUCAGAGUUGAGGCAACACACCAAACUUCAAACGGUGGUCAGGCUUUAUUUUCCCAACUAAUACAUUGCUGGUACAGACAGAAUUGUAAAUGCAGUUGUAAUCCUCUGUUGAUUAAAAGAUUAAUAGGUGAUUUUCAUGUCAGUAUGAAUAAAACAGAGCAUUUUCAUGUCAAUGUAAAGUGUCGUGAAUCAUCCUUAACAACUGUUGAAAAUAAACCUGUAUGGCGGACAAAGAAAUAUUCAUAUGGAAUCAUGAGGCAAGAAUGGUUAAAGGAGAUACAGUCUCCAAAUUAAAAGAG